AUGGAUUUAAAAAACCCGUCUCACCAUAUUGACAAAGUAGUGCAAACCCCACAAGAAGUUGCAAACAACCGGUUGAGGCUUACAACCACAAUAGAGGCGAUUAGGUAUUUAGCAAAUCAAGGAAUGGCUUUUAGAGGUGAUGAUGAAUCUUAUGACUCCUCUAAUCGAGGCAAUUUCAUUGAGUUGGUGAAGGCUUUUGCAAGAAUGAAUGUAAACAUUGAAAAAGUUGUGUUACAAAAUGCUCCCUUGAAUGCCCAAUAUAUUUCAAAUAAGAUACAAAAGGAGAUCCUAAGUAUCUAUUCUACCAAAGUGAGAAAAAGGAUACGCGAUGAAAUUGGGGAAGAUGGGAAAUUUUGUAUUCUUGUUGAUGAAGCACUAGACGACUCUAAGAAGGAACAAAUGGCUAUUAUCAUAAGGUUUGUUGGUUGUGAUGGGCAUAUUCAAGAAAGGUUUUUUGAUAUUGUGAGUGUUCAUGAUACUAACUCCCCAACUCUUAAAAGUGAUAUUUGUAAAGUUCUUGGCAAGCAUAAUCUUUUAGUGAGCAAUAUGCGUGGUCAAGGAUAUGAUGGUGCUAGCAAUAUGCGUGGUGAAUGGAGUGGCUUACAAGCAUUAUUUCUCAAAGAUUGUCCAUAUGCAUAUUAUAUACACUGCUUUGCUCAUCGUCUUCAAUUAGCUUUAAAUGGUGCAGCUAAAGAGGUAGGACUCGUUUGGAGAUUUUUUUCAAUGUUGAAUAACAUUGUGAAUUUUGUUGGUGCUUCUGCCAAACGCCAUUCUGAGUUAAAAUUAACCCGACAAGCUGAAAUUGAAGAAUUACUAGCUGCUGGAAGACUUGGGACAGCUAAAGGGGCUAAUCAAAUUCGUUGUUUGCAACGACCUGGAAGUACUCGUUGGGGGUCACAUUUUAAUUCUAUUAGGAGUUUGAUUGAUUUAUUUGGUGCAACCAAGACACUUCUAACGGAUAUCAGUCAUAAUGGACCUACCUCACAAUUUCGUGGCGAAGCAGAAGGUAUUAAAAUAUCUAUGUUAUCUUUUGACUUUGUUUUUGCCUUGAAAUUGUUGGACAAAACUAUGAGAUUCACUGAUUUUCUUUGUCAAGAACUUCAAAGAAAAUCUCAAGACAUUGUAAAGGCUUUGAAUUUGGUUGCAAGUACAAAAAUGGAGCUUGAUGAGUUGAGAAAUAAUGGUUGGAAUGAUUUUAUACAGAGUGUGCAAUCAUUUUGUGAAGAACAUGAUAUUAAUAUGCCUGAUAUGGGUGCCCGUCAUACAAUAGGCACUCGCCGUUCUUGUCAACAAAGAGAUUGUAUCACAGUUGAGCAUUAUUAUCAUAUUGAUAUAUUCAAUGAGGUAAUAGAUUAUCAGUUGGGGGAGUUAAAUACUAGAUUUCCAGAUGGGACUGUGGAACUCCUUUCUCUUAGCUCAGCAUUAGAUCCUCGUGAUGCUUUCAAGCAAUUUAACAUUGAUGAUAUAUGCAGUCUUGCUGAGAAAUUUUACCCCUUAGAUUUCACUACAACUGAGUUGCAUGCUUUAAAUCAGCAAUUGGGAUUUUAUAAGAUUGAUAUGGAUCGCAUUCAAGCCUUCAAGAAUAUUGAUUCCAUCCCUAUAUUACUUGAGCGCUUAAUUGAGACAAAAUUAGCAGAAACAUACUACUUGAUUGACAGAUUGAUUCGUUUGGUGCUAACUCUUCCUGUGUCUACAGCAACAACAGAACGAGCAUUUUCAUGUAUGAGACUUAUUAAAAAUCGACUUCGGAAUAAGAUAGGUGAUGAGUUUCUUGCUGAUUGUAUGCUACUUCAUAUUGAAAGAGAAUUAGCUGAUAAUAUAGAUAAUGAAUCAAUAAUUGGUGAUUUUAAUGCUGUGAAGACUCGAAGGGUGCAACUUAUAUCAUAUUUUAAUGAUUUGAAUGUUCAUCUAAAUACAUACACUUGGAUAUCAUAUUUUCUGGACAAUCUAGAAUCAUGUGUCCCCACUCAAUAA